UUCCCAUUUCUUUCUUCAACUUAUUUAAUUUUUCUAGUUUCAUUAUUAUUAGUAUAACUAUUAUUAUUAUUUUUUUUUCCAAUACUUUCUUGCUUUUAAAACACAAUAUCCUUUUUCUUUUCCCAUUUUCUCUUUCACUUUCAUAAACAAUCUCUCUCCUUUAUCACAGCAAAAAGCUUGCAUAUUUUAGUUGGGUAUCAGAUAAUUAAUGGUUGAUUAUUUUGUGGGAUUCUUAGGUUUUGUUCUUAGAAGCUGAAAGUACAAUUGGGUAUUUUUCAUUAAUCGAAUGAUGUUGCAAAUUUCGUAGCAUUGUUUUCUUGGCAAAUUGUUCAUCUGGGUUGUUGAGUUUUGAGAUUGUUUUGAUUGUUAAUUUUGAGUUUUGGGUAUUGUUAUCCAUCUCCAUGCUGUAAUUUUAGACUAUAGAAGAGGCUAAAGCCAAAAGAAAGGGCAUAAAGAGAUUCCAAGGAGAGAGAGGGAAAAAAAAAAAUUUGAAGUUUUGGUAAAGUUUGUACCUUUGUUUUUGGUAGAUUUCAUAUCCCUUUGUCAUAUGUUCACUUCAAAUUUCUUAACAGCCGUUGUUGAACUGUUUUUUCUUGGGAAAGUUUCAUUUCUAGCUUCUUCUUGUUUUAUCUGUUUGUUUUGACGUUUUUCUGCCUCCCAAUCUUAAUUCGUCAGUUUUGUUCAAGACAGCCUUUUAAAAUGGAUCUGUUUGAAUCACCUCUCUUUAGUAAUCAAUUCCUUUGUUUUUUUUAUAUUUUGGGCUUCAACUCUAGCUUCUUGAUCUUUUUUGUCAUUUUCACAUAGAAUCUAAACAAGGAUUUGAGAUUUGAAGAGAAUUUUUAACAGGGCCUGUGUAUUUGUUCCCCUCUGAAGUUUGAUUGUUCUUUCCUAGUAAAUAAGUUUCAUUUGGAGGGUCAUUUUAACCAAUAGCACUUAGGUCUACUUCUUGAGUAGAAAAUUUGGCAAAGAAGCAAUCCAAGUGGUUUCAUUUUUGGGAUUUUCCUUUAGUUAUUCUGGUUCUUUUCUCUUUUUAACCUCGUUUUGGGUAUGGAGGAUUAUAGAUCUGUUAUCCCAACCGAGGAAGGAAAACGACAUGUGAUUGCUGCUGCUUGGCACAUAACAAAGGCAUUAGUAGCAAGCGAUUACGUGACGGAUGAUCUGAGAAAAAUUCUUACCGAUCUUGAUUCCCACUUGUCUGCCAUGCCAGUAAUCAUAGAAAGUGAGGGGUUGGAAUUGUCCGAGUUUGAGAGACAGCUCAAGCAGGCUGAGGAAGAUAUCAUGACUUGGGAGACAAAUCAAGCAAUGAUAUGGGAUUCAGACCCUAUGGAAGCUCCCAAGUUUGUAAAAUUCAUUGAUGAAAUCCUUGUGUUGAUUGAAAGUUUAAGAAGCUUGUUGAAUGAAUAUAGGAAAGCAAAGGAACUUCUUCAUCGAGCCGACAGAGUUCUGCAGCUGGCAAUGUCAUGGAUGGAGGGAGAACUAAUCCACCUUCUUAUUCAGCACAAGCAAUUUUUUGAGCCUAAAUACAUGUCUUUUCGUUGUUGUGUAGCAGAUGUGGUAUAUGAUGAGUCCUUUGUUUCGGUGGAAGAAGAACCAGAGGAAGCAUCCCAAAGAAAUAGAAGCAGUAAUGGCAAUGAAUCUGAGAGAUGUACUGUUGAUUUAGUCCAUCCACAUGCCAUUCCUCGCCUCAAAUCCAUUGCGAAUGUUAUGUUCGCUUCGAAUUAUGGUCAGGAAUUUUGCCAGGCUUUUAUCAACAUGCGGAAAGAUGCCUUGGACGAGUACUUGGUCAUUUUAAGAAUGGAGAAUUUCAGCAUUGAGGACAUCCUAAAAAUGGAGUGGAAAAGCUUGAAUCACGAGAUUAGGAAAUGGUGCUGCAGUAUGAAGAUUAUUAUACGGGUGUAUCUUGCUAGUGAGAAAAAGCUAUGUGACCAGAUAUUUGGAGAUAUGGGAGCUGUUAAUACAUGUUGCUUUAUUGAAACAUCGAAGGCUUCAAUUGCAUACCUCUUGAAUUUUGGUGAAGCUGUAGUUAUGGGAACUCAUCAGCCAGAAAAGCUUUUUCGCUUGCUGGACAUGUAUGAAGUUCUGGGUGAUCUUCUCAUGGAUAUUGAUUCUUUGUACUCGGAAGACUCUGGAUCAGAUAUUAGGAUUGAGUUCCACAAGCUUUUUAUCCAACUCGGUGAUUUUGCAAGGGCAACAUUAGCAGAAUUUGGGAACGCCAUUGCAUCUAACACAGCUACAAGUCCUUUCCUUGGAGGUGGUAUUCAUCCUCUGACUAAGUAUGUCAUGAAUUAUAUCAAGACCCUUAUGGAAUAUGUUGUCACCCUCAACUUGCUUCUCAAGUAUCAAGAUGCAGAAUAUUCAAAUCCAGUUUUGGAACAUGAGAAUGAGCAGGGGAUUUCCUCUUCCACUUCUUGUCCGAUGGCUCUCCAUCUUCUGUCAAUCACAUCUACUCUAGAGGCCAACCUUGAAAACCGGUCUAAACUGUACAAAGAUGCUGCUUUACAACAUGUAUUCUUAAUGAACAACUUCCAUUACAUUGUUGGGAAAGUGAAGGAUUCCAAACUCAGGUAUUUCUUUGGAGAUGCAUGGAUUCGGCAGCAUAUUGCAAAAGUGCAGCAGCAUGCGACGAGUUAUGUGAGAGCCUCUUGGAGUUCUGUGCUCUUGUUGCUCAAAGUUGAUGGUAGUCUCUCAAAGUCGGCUUUUAAAGAAAGGUGUAGGUGUUUUAAUGUUGCCUUUGAGGAUGUGUAUAAGAACCAGACAGGCUGGUGUAUCCGAGAUCAACAACUCCGGGAAGACCUACAAAUUUCAACUUCGCAGAAAGUGGUCCUUGCAUAUCGAAAUUUCAUUGGCAGAAACUCUGCCAUUGACAGCGAGAAGAUUGUCAAGUACCCUGUUGAAGAUUUGGAGAAUUAUCUCCUGGAUCUCUUCGGAGGGUCGCCGAGAUCAUUGCAUAAUACACGCAGAAAGUGAUCAAACCUUUGAUGAGUUGCAAAGUUAGUUUCUUUUUUUUUUUUUCUGUAACAUUGUUGGAGCUUAGUUUUUCAUAAUUGUGAUAGAUGUACAUUUCAAUGUAUUUAGCAAAUGCUCACUUUCAUAGAUUUUUGAAGAAAAAUUGGGCUGUAAUGUAUUGAAGUUUCUCCGCAAAGUGCUUCUCCUUUUGCAAAAAUAA